AUGGACUCUGACCGAAAGUCGUCCUCGCCCGCCGUAGACGAGAGCUACGGAGGGGCCAAUGACCCCGAUGCGCAAAACCGGCUGGAGGUCGUCUUCUACCCCGACUCGAGCCACCGCCGCAAAUCCUCUCUGGUGACCAUGGAGAAACCUAGAUUCCGGCACCACUUCGACCAGCAUGAUAGGACAACCGCCUGCUAUGUGCAUUCUCUUAUCGCAGGGGAAUGGGCAUCGCCUCUCAAGAAUCCGGACGGGGCUGCGGAAGAUGAAGAGGCUCAAGAGGUGAUCCGUACACUCAAUGAGGAGGAACCAACGAUCGAUACGAGCGCCCUCGACGACGACCAUGUUGUCUCGAUGGUUGAUGGUGAUGGUAGCAAUAUGAAACCAUUUCCUACGGUCAUUCAAUCACGACAUUUGACCAAGCGCCAGCUGUCGGACAUGGCUUGGAAUGUUCGCAAGCUAUCAAAGAAGCUCGGUAGCAUUAAGCUUAAGCUUACGGUGAAGAAUGUCUUCGUGGUGAGCAAGGCAUACGACGAAUCUCUUGUUAGCUUAACGCGCAAGGUAACAAGGUGGCUUCUCUCGAAGGACCGUGAUACUCUUUAUAAUGUGUAUGUGGAAAAGCGGAUGGAGACACACCCAGAUUUUGGGACUCUCCAGCUCAUUCAGGAGAACUCGUCGGCCAAGGGCCGGCUGAUGUUUUGGGAUCCAAAGCUCGCCCAGGAUCAGCCACAUCUCUUUGAUUUUGUCGUCACGUUGGGUGGGGAUGGAACGGUGCUUUACACCAGCUGGCUAUUCCAGCGUAUUGUGCCGCCGGUUCUGUCUUUUGCACUCGGCUCAUUAGGGUUCUUGACAAACUUCGACUUUGCCGAUUACCAGCAUAUUCUGGAGAAUGCUUUUCGGGACGGCGUUGUCGUCAGUCUCCGGUUACGUUUCGAGUGCACUAUUAUGAGAAGCAAAGCACGAUUGAAGGAUCCUCAUGCCAUGGGACUGACAAGCCGAGAUUUGGUGGAGGAGCUUAUCGGCGAAGAAGGAGAAGACACACUGACACACACUCCUGAUAGAGUGUAUGAGAUUCUAAACGACGUGGUGCUUGACCGUGGGCCAAAUCCAACCAUGUCCCAAAUCGAAUUAUUUGGCGACGACGAGCACUUUACCACGCUCCUUGCCGAUGGGAUAUGUAUUGCGACCCCGACAGGUUCGACAGCCUACAACCUCGCUGCUGGUGGAUCUCUAUCACACCCCGAGAACCCAGUAAUCCUCGUCACUGCCAUUUGCGCGCACACCCUAUCCUUCCGUCCAAUUAUUCUACCAGAUACCAUAGUACUCCGGAUGGGUGUGCCUUACGAUGCUCGGACAAGUUCCUGGGCCAGUUUUGAUGGCCGCGAGAGGGUUGAACUGCAUCCCGGAGACUACGUUACAGUAUCAGCUUCGAGAUAUCCAUUUGCUAAUGUCCUUCCCCAAGGGCGACGAGGCGAGGACUGGGUGCAUAGCAUCUCGAAAACUCUCAACUGGAAUUCGCGCCAGAAACAGAAGAGCUUCAAGUAG